AUAAUACAAGAGAAAGAAAAAAAAAGGAGCGGCGAGAGUGAAGUUGGAGUAACUAACAAUGUACGGUGACGCCACCAACUGGGACGAAAAUGCAUACAGGGAAACGGUUCUCAAGGAGAGGGAAAUCCAAACGCGAACCGUUUUCCGAACCGCUUGGGCUCCACCCUACAAUCUCGACACUCUCCUUGUUGCCUCUAGCGACGGUUCCGUCGCAUCCUACUCCAUCUCUUCCUCCAUCGCCGCCUCUAAGCUAAAAAACCCUUUUGGUUUUGUUAAUGCGGAUACAGAUAAGUUGUCAGUUGAACCUAAUUGCUUCAUUCAAGCGCAUUAUGGACCUGCGUAUGAUGUCAAAUUUUAUGGUGACGGUGAAGAUGCUUUGUUGCUGAGCUGUGGUGAUGAUGGUCGGAUUCGAGGAUGGAAAUGGAAAGAAUUUUCAAGCGCUCAUUAUUCUGUUUCUUCACAAGGAAAUGAUACCAAGCCUGUACUUGAUGUGGUGAAUCCUCAACACAAAGGUCCUUGGGGCGCACUUUCACCUAUUCCUGAGAAUAAUGCUCUUGCUGUUAAUACUCAGGAGGGAUCAGUUUUUGCUGCAUCUGGUGAUUCUUGUGCAUAUUGUUGGGAUGUGGAAACUGGCAAAUUGAAAAUGGUAUUCAAGGGGCACAUGGAGUAUUUGCAUUGUAUAGUUGCACGCAACUCGUCCAAUCAGAUCAUAACAGGUUCGGAGGAUGGGACAACACGAAUUUGGGAUUGCAAAAGUGGAAAGUGUACCCAAGUAAUUGAUCCAGUAAAACAUUUGAAGUUGAAGGGAUCUGCUUCAUGGGUUGGCUGUGUUGCUUUAGAUGCAAGUGAGAGUUGGUUGGCUUGCAGUAGUGGACGAAAUAUAUCACUUUGGAACCUGCCUGCUUCCGAAUGCGUAUCAAAAAUUCCAACGCGUGCUACUGUACAGGACAUGUUAUUUGACAAUAAUCAAAUUUUGACAGUUGGUACAGAUCCUCUGCUCAAUCGCUUUGACAUGAAUGGCACGAUCCUUUCACAAAUACAGUGUGCUCCUUCGUUGACAUCCGUCUAUUCACAUAUUUUAUAUUUUAAUUUAUUGUUUUUAUUUAAAAAAAAUUUUUCUUUUUCUUUUUUUGUUUUUGCAGUCAUGGCUGGACUUGCGCCUGAGGGGUCACAGUUCGAUGCGAACAAAUUUGAUUCCAAAAUGAAUGACUUGCUAACUUCUGAUGGACAGGAUUUCUUCACAUCCUAUGAUGAGGUUUAUGAGAGUUUUGAUGCUAUGGGACUGCAGGAGAAUCUUCUGAGAGGCAUUUACGCAUAUGGUUUCGAAAAGCCAUCAGCCAUUCAGCAAAGGGGGAUAGUUCCCUUCUGCAAGGGACUUGAUGUUAUUCAACAGGCUCAGUCUGGAACUGGGAAGACAGCCACUUUCUGCUCCGGUAUUCUGGAGCAACUUGACUAUAGCUUGACGCAAUGCCAGGCCUUGGUUUUAGCACCAACUCGUGAGCUUGCUCAGCAGAUUGAAAAGGUUAUGCGGGCUCUUGGAGAUUAUCUUGGUGUUAAGGUUCAUGCUUGUGUGGGAGGUACCAGUGUCCGUGAAGAUCAACGCAUAUUAUCUAGCGGUGUUCAUGUCGUGGUUGGUACCCCUGGUCGUGUGUUUGAUAUGCUUCGUAGGCAAUCACUCCAACCAGAUCACAUCAAGAUGUUUGUAUUGGAUGAGGCUGAUGAGAUGCUUUCCCGAGGUUUUAAGGAUCAGAUAUAUGAUAUAUUCCAGCUGCUGCCAUCUAAGAUUCAAGUGGGUGUUUUCUCAGCCACAAUGCCUCCUGAGGCCCUUGAGAUCACGAGGAAGUUCAUGAACAAACCUGUGAGGAUCCUUGUGAAACGGGAUGAGCUCACCUUGGAGGGUAUAAAGCAGUUUUAUGUCAAUGUUGAGAAAGAGGAAUGGAAGCUGGACACCCUCUGUGAUCUUUAUGAGACGUUAGCAAUCACCCAGAGUGUCAUUUUUGUGAACACCAGAAGGAAAGUUGAUUGGUUGACUGACAAAAUGAGAAGCCGUGACCACACUGUUUCAGCAACCCAUGGAGACAUGGACCAGAAUACCAGGGACAUUAUUAUGCGUGAAUUCCGAUCUGGUUCUUCCCGUGUCUUGAUUACUACUGAUCUUUUGGCCCGUGGUAUCGAUGUCCAACAAGUGUCACUAGUUAUAAAUUAUGAUCUCCCUACACAGCCUGAGAACUAUCUGCAUCGUAUUGGUCGUAGUGGAAGGUUUGGCAGGAAGGGUGUGGCUAUCAACUUUGUCACAAAGGAUGACGAUAAAAUGCUGUUUGACAUCCAGAAGUUUUAUAACGUGGUUGUUGAGGAGCUGCCUUCAAAUGUUGCUGAGCUCCUUUAAUCAGAUUUUGUCCUCCAUGGUAUUUAGAUGAAAUUAGUUUGCGUUUGGAAAAAUGUUAUGUAAUGUUUCUCUACCCCCUCCCCUCCCAACUCCUUUCGUGGCACUUCUUCUCUGAAACUUUGUUUAAUAGGCUUAGUUUUUAAUUUAUGACUUGCUUUGUGGAAACCCAUUAUUGGCCCAAUUGGUGUAUUGGAUGUUUUUGCACAUUUUUCUAGGCAACUUUUCUGUCUUUUAGUUUUUACUAAAUUUUAGAAUUGCUUGAUGAUAUUUUCUUUUCA